AUGGUCUAUAUUCUUGAAAACCGAACCAUUGAUUUCAAGGCAGAGGAUCUCUGUCACGAAGGUAUUACCGCCUGGACACAGCUUCUGGAAUUCAAAAGCCUCGAAUGCCAUGACAUGCGAGAGAAUACGAAAAGAAUACUCACUUUCCUCCUCGGUGAAGGGAUUCUAUUGCCGCUCUUAAAAGCCGGAGCGGACCCAAAUGUCAAGAUCUACUGCCCAAGCUCUCCUCCCAUGACUUACUACAGGAUUCACAGACCAAUGGCUGUGGUAUACAUUGAACUAUGCUUUGAGUUCCUGGAUCAGCCUUUGGUCAAGCAGCAGCUCUAUCUUGACGUGUUGGAAGAAUUUCUUCGAUUGAGUACAAUUAGUACAGUCAAGGCCGUUUGUGUCGACUUUCGCGCGACUAGAUCUGGAAAUGCCGGAGUCUCACCACGGCACUUGCCCUUCCUUUCAAGAGUCAAUGACCUCUUGUCACUCCAUCUGGAUAAAUUUGGGGCCCCUGGACCCAAGUUGCUGCAGGAUAAAUGGCCUCAACAAGCUGUCCCUGCAAAUCCACAUACAUCUAUCAAUUCAAUCAAAGGUGAGAAGAAGCGGAAGAAGAGGGAGAAUGAAUCUGAUGAUGUUCGAUGCGAAGGAACGAGGAAGAGAUAG